UUGACUGGAACACAGAGUGUGUGCUCUGGGGGUCUUGUUUAGAUAGUUUCGAACCUUCUAACAACAUGCAGAGCUCUGCUUUGUGGACGCUGCUGCUCGCUGGGGUUUUGGCGACGAUUCACGCUGCACCCACCGUCGCCCCAACGACCUCAGCAGACGACCAAGAUGUUGCAGAGGGGUAUCUGUCACAGUUUUAUGGCGAUGUGGGGACCAGGAACACCUCAAGGAGAAGUCUCAUCAGGAGCAACUUUAGCGAAGAUCUGGAAGCCAUGCAGUCUUUCUUUGGACUGGAGGUAACGGGGGUCUUGAAUAAAGAAACUGUGGAAGUCAUGAAGGCGCCUAGAUGUGGCGUGUCGGACAUCAGCCGCUACGGACACUUUGCUGGGAAACCCAAGUGGAACAAGAGGCUUAUCACCUACAGGAUCACUCAGUACACUCCAGAUCUAAGCCAGAGACAAGUGGACGAGACCAUCGCCCAAGCCUUCCAGCUCUACAGCGACAUCAUCCCACUGGACUUCAAGCAGAUCUCCAGCAGCACUGCAGACAUCAUGAUUCUCUUCAAGGGGGGAUAUCACGGGGACUUCUAUCCUUUUGACGGAAAUGGGGGAGUCCUAGCUCACGCCAACUCUCCAGGACGGCAGCAGGGAGGGGACACCCACUUUGACGACGAUGAGAAAUGGAGUCUAACCCAAAGAGGUGUUAAUCUGCUGCUGGUGGCGGCCCACGAAUUUGGCCAUGCUUUGGGUCUGGACCAUUCCAGGGACAGACGUGCGCUGAUGUUCCCUACUUAUCAGUUUGUCAACACAAACGGCUACAAGCUGCCAGACGAUGACAGGCAAGGAGUUCAAGCCCUCUAUGGUAGCCGUACAACAGAUCCAACAAAAGCCCCAAAACCAAACCCACCUCCCGAACCCGAGCCAGAGGAACCAACAGAAGACCCAACAGACCCUCUUCCAAACCCUCGUGACGAACAGUGCAGCAGGGAUCUGGUGUUUGACGCUGCCACGUCCAUCAGGGGAGACUUGUUCUUCUUCAAAAACGGAUACUACUGGAGGAAGAGUACCAUGUUAAAUGGGAUACGUUUUACGAAAGUGAGCACAAAAUGGUCAAGAAUCAACACAGUUGACGCUGCGUAUGAGGUACCAAACAAGGAUGUGGUUCAUCUCUUUGAAGGUAAUCAGUACUGGGGCAUUAGGGCCUUUGCAAAGACUUUAAUAGCAGGUUAUCCGAAGCCUCUCACCAACCUGGGCUUGCCGUCUUCUGUCAGCAAGGUGGACGCAGCAGUCUACGUGAGAACUACUGGGAAAACAUUGAUUUUUGCAAACAGGCAAUAUUGGAGCUAUGAUGAAGCCAGGAACCAAAUGGAUCCCGGAUAUCCACGAUCAAUUGCUCGAGACUUUCAUCGCGUGGGCUCCAAAGUGGAUGCGGUUUUCGAGAAUUACGGGUACCUUUAUUUCUCAGUCGGCCCAAAACAGAUGGAAUACUACCUGCCCUUCAGGAGAGUGACGCGGGUGCUGCUCAACUACGGCUGGCUUGAUUCGAUUAUAAAGUCAAGAGGACCAAAGACUGCAGCAGGAAGCCAACAACCAGCAAUCAGGGCAUUCAUGGAUGAUCUUACCGUGAUAACACCAACUCACGUGCAGGCAAGAUGGGUCCUGGCGGAACUGGAUCGUAUGGCUACUUGGGCAAAGAUGAUCUUCAAGCCCAAGAAAUCAAGGUGUCUGGUGAUCCAAAAGGGAAAAACAACGGGAAAGUUCAAGCUGCUUGUUCAGGGGGAAACAAUCCCCAACAUCCAGGGGAACCCUAUUAAAUGCCUUGGAAAGUGGUAUGAUGACUCCAUGACAGAUAAAAACAGCAUCUUCAGCACCGAAAAUCAAGUUGAAGAAUGGUUGAAAAAGAUUGACAAGUCUGGUCUGCCUGGGAAAUACAAGUGCUGGAUCUACCAGCAUGGCCUACUCCAAAGACUUAUGUGGCUUCUCACCGUGUACGAAGUGGCCAUAACUACAGUUGAAGGGUUGGAGAGGAAGUUCAACAAGCAUCUUCGUAAAUGGUUGGGAAUACCCCCAAGCUUUACAUCUACGGGGCUCUACAUAAGGUCGGGUCAGCUCCAGCUCCCCCUGUCUUCAGUUGUGGAGGAGUUUAAAGUCGCAAAAUGCAGACUUUCCCUGACGUAUAGGGACUCCCAAGAUCAACUCAUCAGGGAAGCUGGAAUAAUAACAAGAUCUGGCAGGAAGUGGGCUGCCAGCGCUGCUGUUACCCAGGCAGAAUCAUCUCUCAGGACCAAAGAUACCAUCGGAAGCCCUUGCACUGGAAGACAGGGUCUAGGAACAUCACAUUUCCAGCAGUGGUCCAAGUCCACUCCCAGGGAAAAGAGGACCAUGAUCCAGGAUGAAAGGGUCAUAGACCAGUUGUCCAAGGCCAAGCAAAACUUCCUGCAGUUGGCCCAGGGUUGGGAGAUGGAGGUCGACCUGGGGAGGAAGCUCCUCUUCCCAGAGGCGGUACUGUCCACCACUCUAAGACCAGACAUAGUUAUGUGGUCCCCAGAGGGAAAUAACAUCAUCCUGGUGGAACUUACUGUCCCUUGGGAGGAGGGAUGGUCAUCCCAGUCCCCAAUGGAGUCACUCAACACGUUUGAAUCUGAGAUGGAAGCUGAUGGACAGGGAAACUAUUCUCUAUUUCCAGCUCUCGACAUUGCUGGUCUGUCUGGGACUGCUGAUAGCCUGGAGAGUGAAGCUUCCGGUGAAAUUGCAGAGAAGCCAAACCUUACCUGGCUUGAUGCUGCUCAGAUUGUUUUGGAAGAAGCAGGACAUCCUAUGCACAUCAAGGAGAUCAAGCAGAGGAUCAUUGACAGGGGACUUGUUCAAUCCAAUGCAAAGUCCAGUCUGGAAGCCGUCAUGUAUCGUGAGUCCAAUGACGAGCAUCAGCAGGCACUUCAGGCCUUUUCUGCCAAGGCCUUCCUUGGCCCCGCGCAGCAGAACCCCGCUUCAGGACAAAGCGGCGGUUCCACCACCACCACCGCCACCCCCUUCCCAGCCUCUGAGAACAAGGCCAGGAUGAAGAAAGGAGCGCGGAAAAAGCUGAACGAAAAGUACCGGCUGAAGUACCUUCGUCUGCGCAAGGCAGCGCGUGCCAUGAUAUUUGAAAAUGCAGCCUUGCAUGAUGAAGUUGCCCACAUAGAAGAGAAGUUUGUUAGAGCCAAAGAAGAGCGACAAUUUUUGCUGUUGCACUACCAGUCUCUGUCAGAUGGGGACUUCCUGCCCACACCCAGCUCAAGCACCCAUCCUGCUGUGCCCACUCCCCCAGUUAGUUCAGGUGCCGGUGGGGCUCCUGGCCUGUGCGGAACUCAUAACCUCAUGUCGGCGCUGUCAACCGGCGAAGAAGGAUUUCUUAAAAAGCCCAAGAAAGAACGAAAAGAGCGAGUCCGAGAGAAUGGAAAAGAGGAGUUUCCUAGGAAAAUGACCAAAAAGAGAAAACUAGCGGAUGGCUCCAGGAAGUUAGUCCAACCUAUUGCGCUGGACUCCUGUGGUCGCCCCGUCUUCCCUAUCGUGCUUGGAGGCUUAACGGUCUACAGUUUGGGCGAGAUCAUCACGGACAGAAUGCUGUUCCAUGACGAAUGCGCCAUCUACCCAGUGGGCUUCUGCAGCACGCGAGUCUUCGCCAGCAUGAAAAACCCUGAGCAGCAGUGCCUAUACACCUGCCAAAUCAAAGACGGGAGAAGCGGACCGCAGUUUGAAAUUGUGCCAGAAGACGACCCACAGAAUGCCAUCGUUGCCUCAUCUGCCCUGACAUGCCACUCCAACCUGCUCAAGGCCAUCGCUUCAGUCAGUUCCAAGUCUGUUGCUCCAAUUGUUCCUUCUGGAGCGGACUUCUUCGGCUUCUCUCAUCCCACCAUCCAGAACCUCAUCCAGAGUUGUCCUGGAGCACGCAAAUGCAACAACUACCGAUGGAUUCGUUUCGAGGUGUGUCGCCCGGGCGACGGCCAGGUUCCACACACACUAUCGGAGGACGACCCCUCCGUCAAUUUUGAGGCAUAUCAGAGACACCGGUGCUUUAGUUUUGAGAAAGCGGAGCAAAUUACAGCACAGAUAUUGCAGUGUUCUAGCUCCUCCCACCUGGCCCCGGCCUCUUUGAAGCUGUCUUCCUCCUCAUAUUUCAGCUCUUCUUAAGGUUAUAACCUCUUUCAAAACGACUUCAAAUGCUCAAAAUAACAAUACAAUUUUAAGUUUUGUGGGUCUAAAUACCUCCACAUUGUUUACAUAUAAUUAAUUGAAACAUUCUCUUUUUUGUGUAUUUGUGCAUAUAUUGUGUAGAUGUUUGUGUUGUAAAAGCUUUUUAAAAAUAAAUUAAAAUAUAAAAGCA